GACGAAAUAAAUAGAUCGACUGUUUGAAUUCUAGCCAAGGAGGAGUAAAGAGAUUGACUACUCUCUAAAUUGUUGGCAUACCCUUUUAUUCUGUUAUAAUUAUUUUUUUUUUUCCACAAUUAAAAUUCAAUUAAAAAGAAAAAUAGAAAACAAGAACUACCAUUCAUCUUUGUUUCAUAAUUGUUUCAAAAUAUGAGUUCAAAUCACAUACUGAAGGAUGGUACUCCUAUAAAUAAAAGAGUUCUCGAAGAGAUUCAGAACACAACUGGAAAUAAGAGAAAGUCAUUAGGUUUUGAAAUGGUAAAAAUCGAUGACACAUCUAUAGUGGGACUAAAUGAUUCGUUUAUUCCUCCUAAGAGAGUUUAUUCCUUACCAAAAGGAGCUACCAAAUCAUCAAUUCCAACUUCAAUAGACCUUGAUCUACAACAUAUAAAAAAAUUAUCAUAUAUAAAUCAAAACUUGAAGAAAAUGGCACAUGGAUCAAACCAAACCAAGAACAAUCUUAAUACCAGUAUUCCUCACAAUAGUAAUAAUAACUCCACGUUGAGGUCUAGAAUGAAUAAAGUUGAAGAUACGUAUAAUAAGGACAUUUUAAACUUGACCGAAACUCAACGAGACCUUGAUAGUCGAUUUAAAGAAAUGUCAUCUAAGGCAGAUUCAUUGGAAAGAGAAUUAAUUGAUGUUAAACGAUCAUUGAAAAAAGUGAACCAUCAAAUAUCUGAAACAAAGAUACAUAUCAAUUCUCUGCAUAAAAGGUUUGAAUAUAUGGAACUGACAGUAAUGAAAAAUGUUCUUAAUAAAGAAAAACUAGUAAACAUUCAAAUAGAACAGUUAUCAAAAGAACUUGAUGGGAAGUAUCAAGAGGUUACUUAUCAAGUAGAAGGUGAACUUAAAAAUGCAAAGUCAUAUAAGGAUAAAACGGUUAUGGAAGAAAUCAACAAGCUUCAAAGACAAAAAGAACAAUUGGAACAACAAUUGGAGGAGACAAAAGGUCGUAAAAUACAGACUUUGAAGGGAGAAGCUCAAGAUUUGGAAAAAGAACUUGAUAAGUUCUUAAAGAAUAAGUCUUCAGAAUCCAAGAAAUUAUCAACAAAGUUUCAAGAACAGCAAGAAAAGCUUCAUCAAAUGGAAAAGGAACUUUCUAAGUUGAAUCAUAUAAAACAAAAGAAGCAAGAUGAAGUAGACAAUUUAGAAAAAGGGAUUAUCCGGAUGCAGACAUUGUUAGAUAACGUUUCACUGGUUAGAGCGGAUUUACUACUGAAGAAGACAAAACUUGAAAUAGCUAUAACUGAAUUAAAACAACGAGAUAAUUCAUUGAAUACAAAACUCGAAGAAACCCAACUAGUAUAUCAAAAUUCACUUGAAAGAUUUCAACGAGAAGAGGAUCAUCGGAAAUUUCUUGAAAAUUCGAUAUGGAAUCAUGAAGGUAAAUUAAGAGUUUAUAUUCUUGUUGAUAUGGACAAUCAAGUCAAUUUUGAUGAAAAUUGUAUCAGUAUUGGAAGUAAAAAGUAUGAAUUCAAUAAAGUUCUUAAUAUGAAUCAAGAGACAAAUUCCUCGAUAUUUGGAGAAUACAGUUCAAUGAUUGACAGUGUCGCUUAUGGGAUAAAUUGCUCUAUACUUCUUUCUGGAGAAAAAUUCAAGAAUGGUGGACUCCUUCGUGAUUCGACCAUUCAAACCUUUCAAUUAUUAGAGGAGAGAUGCAAAACUGUUUCGUCUGACAAAAAUUGGCGAUUUCAAUUUCAAUAUAGUUACAUUGCAGUAAACGGAACCGCUUGUCUAGACUUAUUGAAUAAUGAAAAUUCCGUUGAAACAAAUAAUGAAGGUUCUUGGGAAGAUUUGCAUUGCAAAACGACAACAAUCAUGACUAAAGAUGAUAUAAAACUACAUAACUAUGAUGGGGUAGUUGUAUCAAUUUUGACAAUGGAUGCCAUUAAUGAAAAACUGCUUAAAUGUUUUAAAUCCACCAUAGUUCAUAUGGAUAUUUCAAGCUUGACAUUAGAUCAACAGUCUGCUUACUUGAAAGAAGUUGAUACACCUUCUUCGUCCCAGAGUAUUGGACGAUUCUUACUGACAUGUUUCAAAUACAGUACUUUUUUAAACAUCUCAAGGUUGCACUCAAUCAAUAAUGACAAUGUUUCUGACUUUAUAAAUGUGUGUGAAACAUUGAAAGCAAAGAAUUCGCCUUAUAUGGGAAGAAAUUUACUUGUUUAAAGAAUAAAUUUGUGUAUAUUUAUAGAGCUUAUUUAUUAUAAUACAGGGUAGAAGGAAAGAUUUGUCUAUGGAGUUCUUUGA